AUGCUUCUCCCAGCGACAUUAUUCCUAGCCAUCGCGUCUGGCACUACUUUCGUCAGGGCAGGUCCUCUAUCAAGACCAGCCAAAUUCGACUGGUCAUCAACCAAAGCCUUAAUCGCCUUCGGUGACUCCUACACUUAUGUCCAAGGAACCCACGGACACCAAAAUUUUAGUUUCAUUGGAGACCAAUUCAAUCUCGCCUAUGAUGCCGAAACACUGCUUUCCAACAAGAUAGUCCAAAACCAAACCGCAACCGCAGAAGGCGGCCCUAACUGGGUCGAAUAUCUCACAAACUGCGGCGUUCAUAAAGGCCUCACCUCACCACAACACUGCAAAAAGCAACUCUGGGACUUUGCAUUCGCAGGCGCCGAUAUAUCAACUGAGUACACACCCCUUCAUCACAAUUUUACAGUCUCCUUAGUCGACCAAAUAAACCAAUUCAAACAAUACGGCCACCCAGCCCUCCGACACAACCUACCAGGCUUCAAGCAAGACAAGACCCUAAUCGCCCUCUGGAUCGGCAUCAACGACAUAAACGACAGCGCAAAAUACGCCGUCGACUUCCCAUCUUUCUACAAAAACCUCACAGAUACACUCUUUGCAUCCGUCGAGAUCCUCUAUAGUCUGGGAUAUAGAAGUUAUCUCUUCAUGAACCUGCCACCCCUAGACCGCACGCCAGGGAACCAAGCAAAGAGCAACCCAAGUCCGAGUGCCACGCAGGUUGGGUGGUACAAUGCCGCGCUAGCGGAUCAUGCGGCUGCAUUUGCGGAAAAGCAUAAGGAGGCGCAGGUUAUGCUUUUUGAUGCCCACGCAAGGUUGGCGGGUAUGCUUGAUGAGCCCCGUAAGUAUGGCAUCGUGAAUACCACGAAUUUCUGUGCCGGGUAUGAUCAGCCGGAUAUUGCGGUUGAGUAUGGGAAGUAUGGGUGUCCGACGUCGUUGGAGCGGUAUUUCUGGUUUAAUUCGGGCCAUAUGACUAGCCAUGUGCAUGAGGUUUUGGCAGGGGAGGUGGAAAGGUGGUUACAGGGAUAG